CUAUCCUUUUCCCCGAAACCACUUUCUGUUAUCUCACACUUCACCGCUCCAUGUGGCCACCGUGGCUGAGCUCGCCGAGCCGCGUCCGCACCACGCCGCCACCAUCUCCGUCGCCGUCGCAUUCCGGAGCUCGCUCCCUCAGCUUUUCCUGCUCCUCAUUCAAAGACAUCCAGAAACUCCUCCAAGAAGAAGAACAACUCGAACGCGGAAGCAGGCUCGCUCCUUCACCUAGAUCCUCUUCACUCUUCCGCAGAAUCCGCAUCUCCACCUCCGUCCUCCGAGCGUUUGGCUCACGCGCUUCCCUUCCGCCGCCGCCACCACAGGCUACAUUGCCUCCUGGCCUUGACCGUGGCGUCGUCAUCUACUUCACCAGCCUACGCGUCGUUCGCCGCACCUUCGACGACUGCCGCGCCGUCAGAUCGAUCCUCCGGAACUUCCGCGUCGCAGUCGACGAGCGCGACGUCUCUAUCGACGACAGGUUCCGCGACGAGCUCAACUCCAUCCUCGGCCGCAAGAGCGCGACGCUCCCUAGGGUUUUCAUCGGCGGCGAGUACGUCGGCGGAGCUGACGACGUCCGGCAGCUCCAUGAGAGUGGCGAUCUGCAGCGGCUGAUUGAACGGUUGCCGAAGUCAAAUCAGAUCAACAGUUGCUGCGAUCAGUGCGGCGGUUUCAGAUUCGUGGUGUGCGAGGAGUGUAGCGGUAGCCACAAGAUCUUUGCAGAGAAGAACGGCGGGUUCAGGAGCUGUUCAUCUUGCAACGCCAACGGCUUGAUUAGGUGCCCCACAUGCUUCUUCGUGCACCCGCGCCACACCAAAUAAUUAUGCUUAGUUACUUACAGCUCAGCUCACAACUACUCAGAGAAAAUCCCCAACAAAAAAAGGGGAAUAGUUAACUGUUUUAAUUUGUUGAUAAAUAAACUAGUGUACGAAUUUAGCGUUAGCGUGUGAUUUCAAUUUCUAAGGCAUAAAUUAUUUAGGAGCCAGCUUUGAUUUGUUAUAAUUUAUGUUGCAUGGACAUUAAUGAUCACAUGGAGUAACAGUACAUGACUAUAUGCACCAUUAGCAGAGGGAACUUUUUGUGGCAGACUCAUGAGCGGGGAACAUGACUUCAAAGUUAUGUCUGGUUGGUGAAUGCCAAAUUUUGAACCCUGUGUCACGCACUAAUUCAAAAGAGUGCUCGUAAGUAACUUUUUAGGGUUUAAUUUUGGGGCAAGACCAAUUCUAGGAGGUGGGAACUGGGAAGCAAAGGCACGUUGGACUCUGUUUAGGCUCUGGCCCAAUUCUAUGUUUCCUUGUUUUUGGAGCAUUUAUAAGUCGUUCACUUUUGCAUAUUGAGCCAACUCAUUUCUCUUUUGUUGUCAACAAAUCAUUGAUGAUGAUAACUAAAGUUAAGUAGCUAGAGUUAGGUAU